AUGAUAGUCCUUAUACAACCAUGUGUUUUUGCGAUUUAUGGUUUCGCGGUGUACCUUUUCACAUUUUAUUUAUCAGUUACACAUUUGAUGAGCUCGUACAAUGACAGGUUGUUCAAUGCGUUUCACAAUAACGGUGAUCACGUCUACGAUUUCAUUAUCGUUGGAGCAGGGAGUGCAGGUGCUACACUUGCCGCACAACUUUGCCAGGAAAAAUGCAAUGUUCUGCUCAUAGAAGCCGGAGCUCCGCCAGCCAAUUUUUUUGAUAUACCGGUUUUAGCUCCCCUUCUUCAAAAAUCUCCUUAUGAUUGGCAAUUCAAAACAGUGCCACAAAGCAAUGCCUGUAAGGGGCUCUUGAACAAUCAAAGUUCGUGGCCACAAGGAAAGGUUUUUGGAGGAUCAAGUAGAUUGAAUUACAUGGCUUAUGUUCCCGGUCAUCCUAAAGAUUACGCAUGGUUUCCAGAUUAUGCUGACUAUAUACUGAAAGCUGAGGAUGGAAUAGUCGAAGAGCCUCAAUGGGAUACAAAUUUAUCUGAAAUUAUAUGGGAAGCUGUAAACGAAAUUAUCCCACAUAGACAGAGUGAUUUCGGUAGAGUCCGACUAACAAUCAAAGAUGGUGAAAGAUCGAGCGUUGACAGAGCUCUGAAAAAAAAAUUACAAAAUGGUUUAAAUGUGUUGACUCACAGUUUUGUAAAUAAAAUUAUUUUUGACGAGGAUACUGCGAGAGGGAUUCAGUUCAUAAAAUGGGGCGCAGAAUUUAGAGUUUAUGCAAAAAAAGGAGUGAUUGUAAGUGCUGGAGCGAUUGGUAGUCCAAAGUUACUGAUGCUGUCAGGAGUCGGGCCUAAAGAUCAUCUUGAAAGCUUGGCGAUCAAAGUGAUAAAGGAUUUACCAGUCGGACAAAAUCUUGUGGAUCAUAUCCUCACUGGAAUUGAUUUAGUAAUGUUAAAUAUUUCAUUACCAUUGAAUGUGCAGAGUGUUUUGAACCCAAUCGCAGCCCUAAAUUACUUUAUUUUUCGUCAAGGACCAUGGACUUCUGCUGGUAUCGAAGCAGUCGGAACAUUUUAUUCUCCAAACCAAAAUCAUGAAACUGACGCUCCGGAUUUACAAUUGAUGGUUAUUCCGUUAGGAGUCUCUCAGGACAAUGGUAUCGUAUUGAGGAAAGCCAUGGGGAUAUCCGACAGGAUUUUUGAACAAUAUUUCGGUCCAUUAAUCGUCCAAACUUCGAUAACGAUAGCACCAGUUUUACUCCACCCAAAAAGUUCUGGUGAAAUUCGACUUGCCAGCUCGAAUCCAUUCGACUAUCCCCUAAUAGAUCCAAAAUAUUUAACGCACAAAGAUGACGUCACUACUUUAUUGAGUGGAUUAAAACUCGUCAAACAACUGAUAAAGAGUGAAAAGAUGAAAAAAAUUGGUGCUUCCCUCUAUGAAGCAGUUUUUCCAGGAUGUGAAAAUUUCAUUUUCGAUAGCGACGAAUAUUGGGAAUGUUAUAUACGUCAUUUGACUCUCACUUCGUAUCAUCCUGCUGGAACAUGCAGAAUUGGCAGCGUGGUUGAUAAUUUUUUCAGAGUGUACAACACGACAAAUCUAUACGUGGUCGAUGCUUCAGUCCUUCCUGAAUUACCAAGUGGAAAUAUCAAUGCUGCGGUCAUGAUGUUGGCGAAACGAGCAGCUAAAUUUUUAAAGCACCGGCACAAAUCAAAUACCAUUGAAGUAGCAAAUUGUACAAAAUUUGUAAGCUAUUUGAGGGCUCUGUAUGGAUCCAGAACUGAAAUGAUUUCGAAACAUUUACUGUAUGUCGGUGUUCAACCCUUGAUGAACGAAUAAGUUUUGGUAUUUGACCACAAA